GGACUUCUCUCUGGUCUCUCUUCUUUACCUCUGACUAAACUAUCUGAUACACGUGUUUGUGUCGCAGUAGGUCAGAAAACAAGUAAUUUUCCAAAAAAUAUAAACUUUAAAGAAUAUUUUAAUCCUUGAGUAUUUUUAAUUGAUAACAAUGCAACACGAUGAUGUUGUUUGGAGUAUCAUCAACAAAUCUUUUUGCUCUUUCAAAGUUAAUACAAAGGGCCAAAGAUUUUGCCGGAAUGAAUAUAAUUUGACAGGUUUGUGCAGUAGAUCUUCAUGCCCAUUAGCUAAUAGUCAAUAUGCAACAGUUCGUGAAGAGAAUGGAGUUAUAUUUUUAUUUAUGAGAACAGCAGAGAGAAUUCAUGAGCCAAAAAAUCAAUGGGAAAAAAUCAAAUUAUCUAGAAAUUUUGAAAAAGCUAUUCAUCAAAUAAACGAAAAUUUAUUAUAUUGGCCAGGUUUUAUUAAAGCAAAAUGCAAACAAAGGUUUCUAAAGAUAACUCAAUACCUCAUACGGAUGAGAAAAAUGAAACUUCGUCGACAGAAGAAAAUUGUACCUCUCCAGCGAAAAAUUGAAAGAAGAGAAAGACGAAGAGAAGAAAAAGCUCUUAUUGCUGCUAAAUUGGAAAAUGCAAUCGAAAAACAACUUAUGGAAAGAUUGAAGAAAGGAAUGUACAAUGACAUUUAUAAUUUCCCACAAAAAGUCUUUGAUAAAGCUGUAGAAUCAGUUGAAGUUGACGCAGAAAGUGAGGAAGAAAGUGAUGAAGAAGAAGAAGAACAAGAAAUUGAAAAAGAAGUUGAAGAAGAAUUGGAGCAGGAUGAAAUGGAAACUGAACAAAUUGGUCAUAGAUUUAUUGAAGCGGAAAGUGAUGAGGAUGAAGAUUCUGAUAACUAUGACUAUGAAGAUGAAGAGGAGGCAGAUAGUGAUUCUGGUAGAAAAGAGCAAGUAGAUUUAUCAGACAGUUUCGAAACUGAUGAUAGUGACAUUGAAGAUAUUACACCUAAAUCAGCAAACUCUAAAAAAUCCAAAACAUCUAAGAAAUUGAAUCUUUCGAAAAAAUCUAAAGCACGACCUAGAGUUGAAAUUGAAUACGAAACAGAAUUUGAACCUCGACAAAGGUUACGAGCAUAAAUGUAAUAAUUAUUUAAGUGUUAGGUUAAAUAAAAAUUGUAUAAAUUUUAUACUCCUA